AUGGAAAAUCAGUUGAAACAUCUGGACAAUUUACCAGUAUGGAAGAACAAUGCAACACCAAAAUACAUUUACUGUCUUCUUGAAAGGAAGAAAAAGAAAUCCUGUCAGAAACCUGUGGACAAAUACAUUGAGUAUGAUCCUGUUAUCAUCUUGAUUAAUGCUAUUUUAUGUAAAGCACAAGCAUACAGGCACAUUCUUUUCAAUACGAAGAUAAAUAUUCAUGGGAAGCUCUGCAUAUUUUGUUUGCUCUGUGAAGCAUAUCUCAGGUGGUUGCAACUACAGGAUUCAAGCCAAAAUAUAGAUCCUGAUGACUUAAUCAGAUAUGCCAAGGAAUGGGAUUUUUAUAGAAUGUUUGGUAUAGCUUCUUUAGAACAAACUUCGUUUUUGGUUGGCAUUUUUAUUACCUUAUGGUGGAUGAGACCCGAGAUGCUGAAAACAAAGUCUGACUUCAUUUUACUUCUCAAAGCACUGCUGUUAUCCAGCUAUGGAAAGCUUUUGCUAAUUCCAGCUGUUAUUUGGGAACAUGACUACACGCCUUUGUGCCUUGCGUUUAUAAAAGUGUUUGUCUUGAUAUCAAACUCUCAGGCAAUUAGAGUUACACUGAACUUGAACCGAACACUCCCUUGGUUGGCCAUCUUCUUUGGAUUAAUUUUGGAAAAUGGUGUGGUCUGCUUUUUCCAGAAAAUGGGGUGGGAUGUUUGAAAUGUCAACCCAGAUCUGAAGAAAUACCAACAACAUUAUGAUCAUUUUCUUAAGAAUGAUCUCUGCCAGCAGGCUCCAAAGACAGUUUUCACAGUGAUAAAGAAGGUGAUAG